GAUCCAGAGGAACAGCGCAGGGACAAAAAAAAAAAUCCCAGUUUGACUCAAGUAUGUUGCUUUUGUGUGUGGAGACACUUCUGUUUCAUAAACACAGAAGACUGAGAUUUUGCCAACGAUUUUACUGACGAGCAGAUACAAGUAUUUGACUUCAAACGAACAAGACGAAAAUGAGACGUUGGAUUUGUUUCCCGCUGCUGCUGGUUCUUCUUCUUCGCUGGAAUGAAGUUCGAACUCAAAUGGAAAACCGCGUGGUUUUCCUGCCAGGAAUAUUCCAGACCGUGACACUGUCCCAGAAUGAGACGGUGCAGGCUAUGGUGUCCAGGAUCCCGACUGACGUCGCUUUCAUCACAUUACAGUUCCACGCGUUGUACCGCAACGCCACACUGUCCUACAGUAGGGUUCCCAGUCCGGGUCUUUCUCAGACAGCGGCAGAUUUGGGCCUCCUGUCGCCGCUCAAGAUGGGCCAAACCUCCCUUUCCUUGUUUCUAUUUUCUGCUGAUGCUGACAGCAUGGAGGGCAUUGGGGUCAUGCUGCCCUAUUCCAGCAAGGACCCUGUACCUGGUGCUUGCAACAUGGAGUUUAACCUGGACAUUGAUCCAAACGUCUACAUCCAGUACAACCUGUAUGAGACCACCAUCCGCUUUGCGCCAGCUAACAUAGGAUAUGAGCGGGGUGGAUUUCCUCCUCUUUGUGACGUCUUAAAAGACGACACCACACGCUGGCGGCUACAAUAUGACGUCUACCAGUACUUCCUGCCUGAGAAUGACCUAUCAGAGCGUAGCCUGUUUGGCGGCCUUCAAGCGGUGGCCGACAUCCGAGGCGUGACGGAGAACUUCAAACUGCUCAAGACCUUGUCAUCAUCGGACAUGACCACGGCGGGGUUUAACUCCAUCCCUGGUCAGGGAGUCAUUUACACGGUGAUCGUCAGGGACCCGCUGCUGAACACGUCGGCCUCCUACAUCCCCGCCCACACCUACGCGUGCAGCUUCACCUCCAAUAUGGAUAGCUGUCAGACACUCGGGAAGAUAUCGACAAAAGUUUUAGUUACCAUCGCUGGAUUGGCAGGUCUGUUUGUCUGCUUCUUUGGGCACCGCUUCUUCAAAUGUGAACUGUUCUUUAUGGGAUUUAGCUUUGCAGCAUUUGUCUUCUUUGUGCUGUUCACAAGAACCACAGCGUUGGAUUAUGACCUCCGUGUCGGCCUGGCGGCGCUGCUCGGCGUGGUGGGCGGGGCCAUCCUGGUCAUGAGCUGGUGGCGUUUCGGUUCAGUCAUGGCUUGCAUCCUGGUAGUUGGCCUGAUCCUGGGCUUCCUCAUCUCCUCCACUGUCCUCUUCACGCCCCUCAGUGACAUCAGUGUCUUCAGGCAUUCCAGCGUUGUGUUCUGGGUGACGUUUUGCUGCAUCAUGAUCAUCGUUCCAGUCUUCUUCGUGCGUUGGCCCAGAGAGGGGAACAUCGUCGCAUGCGGCGUUGUCGGUGCGUACGCUGUCGUUCUUGCCGUCAAUGCCUAUGUCUACACCAGCCUGUCCUACAUCACCUUGAACAUCCUCAAACGCUUCCUCAACAGCAGCUUCAGCACAGUGUUCACUGACGUGCCGUUCCAAACCAUCGACUACAUCAUGAUCGCAGUGUGGAUGGUGCUGUGCAUCUCAGGGAUCGUUCUGCAGCUCUACCGGGAACGCUUGCGGCCAUUUUUCCCACCCAGCCCGUACCUCAUGUGGCAGCAGGAGCGCGAGCGCCGCAGGACAAACGUGCUGGACCCGAGCCACCACUUCCCCCCGCUGCACGAGCGCCUCCUGUCCAGACUGCGGCAGCUGAUCCAGCAGAGAGAGCCGGCCGGAGAGCACACGCCCCUGUUGCUGUGACACUUAAAACGCCCUCACGGAAAGUUGAAUGCUUUUUGGGCGGGGUAAACGAUGACAUGAUUGACACUUAACUUGUUUGCCGCCCAGACUUGUGGUAAGCGGAGAGUAGCGUUUAGCGACAGUGACGAAUGUGAAUUAUUUUAUGGCCAUUAGCUAGCAACCAGUGGAGCUGGAGCGCUAAUGGCAGUGAGACACUGACACGCUUCAGGAACGCCGAAAGAGCUCCAUAAAUUAUCAUCUGUUUGGAUUUAAAGCGAGUCGCUGUUUAUACCAGACGUUGGUACAUCAA